GCCUGACACUCUGCGAAAGAAACUGGGGCACAACAGCAGGGACCGAGAUUCAACUCAGAAGUUAGGCCUUUUUGCCCUAUCUCUGACAAUGGACAGUGUCAAUCUGGAUGGUACCUCCAACAACUCAAGCUACUAUGAUGAGGACUAUAAUUAUACUGACUUUGAUCUCACUCCCUAUCUUCCUUGUGGGAAGGAUGAAGUCAGAGCCUUUGGGAAGAUCUUUCUCCCGGUCCUGUACAUCAUGAUUUUUGUUUUCGGAGUGCUCGGCAACAGCUUCCUGAUCCUCAUGAUACUCAAGUACCUCAAGUUGAAAACGAUGACUGACAUCUACCUGUUGAAUUUGGCCAUCUCUGACCUCCUAUUUAGCACGUCACUUCCCUUCUGGGCCACCUAUGUGACCUCAGAAUGGAUCUUUGGAAAUACCAUGUGCAAAAUAAUAAGCGCCCUCUACAGUGUGAAUUUCUACAGUGGCAUCUUCUUCAUAGCCUGCAUGAGCUUGGACAUGUACCUUCACAUUGUCCACACUGUUUCCUUGAAGAACCAUAGGACAAUUCACAAGAGUGUUGUCAUCAGUGCUGCUGUUUGGACACUGUCAAUAAUUGUUUCAAUCCCUGAACUUAUAUUCAGUGUGUCCAAGAAAAUUGGCGAUAGGCAUACUUGUCUCAGUCAUUUUGGCGAUGAGCAACUGGUGAUUUGGAAGACAACGAUACAACUCCAGGUCAACAUCAUUGCGUUCCUCAUUCCAUUUUUUGCCAUGAUCUUCUUCUAUGCUCGGAUUGCCUCUGUUCUGCUUCACUCCAAAUCCUUUGGUAAGGAGAAAGCUUUGAAACUGGUCAUCAUAUUGUUUGCCGUCUUCUUCAUCCUGUGGUUCCCCUAUAACAUUGUCCUUUUCCUGCAUUCCUUGGAAGACCUUGGCAUCAUUGGUAACUGUGAGAUGAGCAAGAGGCUGGAUUAUGCCUUGCAGGUAACUGAGUCUAUUGCUUUCACCCACUGCUGUUUCAAUCCACUCCUGUAUGCUUUUGUGAAUGAAAGAUUUCGGAGACAUGUGAAGAAUAUUUUAGUGAAGCUAAUUCAGAAGAUUGGCUGCAACAAGGAUUUGGGAGUCAUGGUCCCCACUGCAGAGCGCAGUGAAACCAGCAAGCAACAAUACGGCGUGUAUUCCGAUGUGGAAAUGACUAUGGUACAGUAGUGGUCUCAUAAAGAGAGACAUAACAUCAGUUAUUAUGCUUUGAAGUUUUAAAUAACUUUAUAUUGAAUCCUCUCAAUGGUAUUCAAACCUGUUAGAAUGUAAAAAUGAAGUGGUCAUCAAGCUGACCAUACCAAACACAGUGAAGCAAAUUACAAAUUGACGAUUCAAAAUCCCAAACCUUUUCUCGACACAAACACCAUGUGGCUGUCCAUUAUACAAUUUCUGUACGUGUUCUCAAAUCUAGCCUUCUUCAACUUUUCCCAACUCUUGCUUUAUCAUCUACUCCUCACCUUAGUUUUGUCUUUGAAGUGCCAUUGUUGGGUGGCAGUAGUGUAGUGGUAAUGUCUCUGUGCUAGUAACCCAAGUAUCUAUGUUGACAUUCCAGGUUCAAAUCCCACCACAACUGCUGGUGGAAUUCACUUAAUAAAAGUCUGGACUAUAAAGCUGGUUGUCUGUGGUGGCAACCAUAACAACUAUUGCUGAUUGUUGUAAGAACUCAUCUGGUACAUGAAUGCCCUUUAGGGUAACAAAUGUGCCAUCCUUAACUUUAGAGUCUAGAUUAGAGUGGUGCUGAGAAAGCACAGCAGGUCAGGCAGCAUCCGAGGAGCAGGAAAAAUCGACGUUUCAGGCAAAAGCCCUUCAUCAGGUUCCCAUACCCCUACAUUUACCCCUUACCUAACACUAUGGGCAAUUUAGCAUGGCCAAUUCACCUGACCUGCACAUCUUUGGACUGUGGGAGGAAACCGGAGCAUCUGGAGGAAACCCACACAGACACGGGGAGAACGUGCAAACUCCACACAGUCAGUCACCUGAGGCGGGAAUUGAACCCAGGUCUCUGGCGCUGUGAGGCAGCAUUGCUAACCACUGUGCCACCGUGCCACCCACUACAGUGGAUUGUUGAUUUUCCUGCUCCUCAGAUGCUGCCUGACCUGCUGUGCUUUACCAGCACCAUGCUAAUCUUGACUCUGAUCUCCAGCAUCUGCAGUCCUCACUUUUGCUAUCCUUACCUUGUCUGGCCUACAUGUGACUCCAGAGCCACAACAAUGUGGUUGACUCUUAACUGCCCUCUGAAAUGGCCAAGCAAGUCACUCAGUUCAAAGAACAAUUCAGAAUGGAUAUCAAAACAACUUGAUAAACAACACAUGAAAAAGUAAAGGAAAAGAUAUUGGGAACGCUGAUGUUUAUCAUUGCCUAAGUCCAGUCAUAUAGAAACCACAAGUUUAGUCAGAGACCAGGAUAAGGAAUAGGAGCAGGAGUAGACCAACUGACCUUCGAACCUGCCAUUUAAUAAGCUCCAUUUAACCGUCCACUCAACAUAACCCCUAAUUCCUUUACUGUUCAAAAAUCUAUCUCACUUUGCCUUAAAAACAUUCAAUGAGGUAGCCUUAAUUGCUUCACUGGGUAGGGAAUUCCACAGAUUCAAAACCCUUUGAGCGAAGAAAUUCUUACACAACUCAGUCCUAAAUCUGCUUCUCCUUAUUUUGAGGCUAUGCCCCCUAACUCUGAAACAUUUCAUACGGAUUUAAUCAGGCAAAAAUUAAUCACUCAUCAAACAUUUGGACCUGUAACCUGCUUGGUCAGUGACAUAGGUUUUAAGCAACUUUUCAAAGGAGGGGAGAGAGAUGAAAAAGCAAAGAGGUUUGGUGAGGAAAUUUAAAAAAUAGACGGAUGAAAACACCCUCGUUGAUGAUUGGGCAGGGGAAGCAGUUCAUGCAUAAAAAGCCAGAGUUGGAGGAAAACAGGAAGUUGCAGAGAAGGGCAGGGUUGAUUCUUUAAUUUGUGGAGUUGGUACCCUCUGGAGAAAAGUAAUUAUUAUGACACUCACAAGACAGCUACACCAUUAUUAGAAACUUAAAGGAUUAAAUCAUUUAUAUUGCUACAAUCAAUAGCCCUCUUCAUCUAUUGCUAUCCUAUUAACUAUCCUACAUUCAAAUCCUUUACAGUUGUUCAUUCUCAAAUAGUUCUUCCUUUAACUGAUGCAAGAGUCUGCCUCAAAAAUGAUUCAUAUUCUAAUAACCCUCUAUGCAAACAAAAUCUCUCGGUCACAUUGGAAUUGUUCACUCAGCAUAGAUUUUCACAAUUACUAUGUCAUAUAAUGUCAGUCUCUGAGCCAAUAUACCUUCUCUGUUUAGCUGGAUAUGCAGAGGAUCUCCCUGUGGAUGUGUUUUUCCAUUGGUCUAAAACUUUGCAAUGUGGCGAAAUACACAACGAGGCUCCAAAUCAGUAAACUGAAUAUUAUUAACAAUUAUUUCGACUGGAUAUUUUCUUUUCAUACGGCUUCUAUGAAUUAUUAUAAAGCUGGGCAUUAUGCCAAAUUCAUAAAUAUAUUCUCAAGCAUUAGCAAGAAAGAAAAUAAUUUAUAGCCAAACAAUCGCCUGUGUACUAGCCAAUUCCAACUAACCAUGCUUUUGGAUGUACCCUAAACAUACACAAGUUAUAUGUUACAUAUACACAUGUUAUCCAAAACGAAUACAUCUACAUGUACAAAGGAGUUUCUUGCACAAAAUGUAUAUUAGAAUGUAUCUCUUUGAGAACUCAAUAAAUCUCUGAAGAAAUACAUAAA